UGUUCCAGUGAGAGGGAAGAUUCUCUCUCCCCUUUCCCGCUUCCAUUCCGUCCCGCCUAAUGACACCAUUUCUUAAUUAGAGUUGGAUUUUUGAUUGCCAAUAAACAUUCCUUUUUUCAAUUUUCGAUUUUUUUAAGUCGGCAUAAAUGGAGUAAUUAAGCCAUCAAUUAGGGUUGAAUGUUGCCUUCGGUGAACAUACGCGCGUCAUCCUCACGACCUCGUUUGACCGCUCACCUACGGCGAUCCUCAGUGCCUUCAACCUCUCUCUGACGAUCCCUCCGGCCUCCACGGCUCCACUCCGGUCUCUACGGGUCCACCUCCGGCGAUCCCUCAUUGCUCCAUCUCCAUCUGUGAUUCAGGGCCAUGGAAACCCAACAUUUUUAUCAUCCUUUGGUAGCAAAGACAGCAACUAUUAGUCUUUUGAAUGUUAGAGGGACGUCAAACCUUGGUUUCGAUGCAACCUUCAUAAAGCCACACAAACACAAACAACACUCUUCUCAGAGCGGAUCCGAAGACUACCGGAUUAAGCAUAGGAAAGUUGCAUCAAUUGUGGCCAAGGUAUCCAACUUAGAAGAAUACAAGUGCGUGCAAGAAGUAGUUAUGACAAACCAAUCCAAGUUCCAAAAGACGCUCAUGAUUUGGGCAGAAUACAAGUGCGUGUCAGCGAUAAUAACAUCCAUUGCAAGAGUCAUGAUAAGUCAACCGAAGCUCCUAGUGAUGCUGGCGAUGGCUGGAAUGACCAUGUCGAUUAAUUUCAUGUUCAUUUUGUGGCGAGAAUCUGCACCCGACUUCCCACCUCUUUGGUUUACAGCUCUUGCUGCAACCAUUCCAUUUUUACCUGUCCUCCUUAACUUUCUUCUCAUCCCAAAAACCACCACCAUCAGGUAUACAAUUGCUGCCUCCAUUCUCGGACAGGCUCUUGGAUUUAUGGCCCUCAAACGCUUUUACGCCAACCAAACCUUCUCUCACCGCCUCUGACUUCUCUUGAUGCCUCUUAUAUUCUAUAUCAUGUGAAUGUUUGUUAAAAAGGUCUAAUAAACCCAUCUAAUCAAA